AUGGAACACGAUUACAUUGCCGACAGGAGUUGGAUGUAUAAGGAGGAAAAUGAACGCUUUGAAGAAUUUUUUAUAGCCGGAGUCGAUUGUUUCAUUGAGUUUGCACUUCAGCAUUCAGUAGAAGGCCGGUCCAAUGUAUGUUGUCCAUGCAAAAAAUGUCAAAACCAUUGUAGCUAUGAUACGAAAACCAUUAAAAUGCAUAUAGUCAAGAAUGGUUUUGUACAUGGCUACACUAAAUGGUACUUUCAUGGUGAAAAUCGAAAGAGGCUUCGGGAGGAAACAAUUAAUAUGCUUCCAUCAAGAGAUGACAUAGCAGGGAUGCUAGCAUCAAUUUGUCCAUCGUCUCCGGCUUAUGAAAAUGACGCGACUUCAGAUUCAUCAAAUAGAACAGGAAGAGAUAGGAAUGCAAGAAACUUUGAAAAUUUGAUCGAGGAUGCAAAGAAACCACUUUAUCCAAAUUGUCAAAAGUACUCAAAAUUAUCUUUUAUUGUUCGUUUGUUUCAAAUUAAAUGUUUGAAUAAAUGGAGCAAUAAGUCACUCUCCAGUCUUCUUGAGCUGCUUAAAGAUCUUUUACCUGAAGACAAUCUCGUGCCAAAGACAUGGUAUGAAGCAAAGAAGGUGAUGGAUGAAAUGGGCUUAAAGUGCAACAAGAUACAUGCAUGUUGUAACGAUUGUGUGCUAUUUAGAGGGGAAUAUGAAAACUUGAAUUCAUGUCCCGUGUGCAAAGAAUCAAGAUGGAAGCAAAGAAGAGAAGAUUCUCGAGGUAAAAAUGUUCCUAUUAAGAUCCUUCGUCACUUUCCGUUGAUUCCAAGGUUGCAGAGGUUAUAUAUGUCCAAAAAAACAGCUGUAGACAUGACCUGGCAUCACAACGCUCCUAGGGAAGACGGAAAAAUGAGUCAUCCUAGAGACUCUGAAGCUUGGAGAGAUUUUGAUGCAAAACAUCCUUCAUUUGGCAUGGAACCUCGUAAUGUAAGGCUUGGUCUUGCUAGUGAUGGGUUUAGUCCUUUUAAACUAAUGACAGGCAGCAACCGAAGCACAUGGCCUGUGAUUUUGAUUGCAUACAACCUUCCACCAUGGUUUGCUAUGAAGCAAUCUUUCUUCAUGUUGUCCCUUUUAAUAGACGGUCCAAAGUCACCUGGUAAUGAUAUCGAUGUCUACUUACAACCCUUGAUUGAUGAGCUCAACACUUUAUGGGAAGAUGGUAUCGAUACAUAUGAUGCGGCAAAUGAUGAAACCUUCAAGUUAAGAGCUGCCAUUUUGUGGACAAUCAAUGACUUCCCUGCAUAUGGUAUGUUAUCAGGUUGGAGCACUAAAGGGUAUACUGCAUGCCCUAUUUGUCAUACUAACCAUGGUUCCAUAUACUUACCUUGUAGCAGAAAAUGUGUGUAUUUAAGACAUCGCCGCUUUCUAUCGACCAAUCACACAUGGAGAAAUGAUAGGAAAAGUUUCAAUGGUGAAGUGGAGAAAGAUACUGCUCCUAUUUCAUUAUCGGGACAUGAUGUAUUAAAUCAGUGGCAAAAUUACAAUAAUGUGGCAUUUGGAAAAAAAAUUUUUGAAAAGCAACCAACACCAAAAGGUUGGAAAAAGAAGAGUAUUUUCUUUGAACUACCAUAUUGGAAAACAUUAUUGGUGCGUCACAACCUAGAUGUUAUGCACGUUGAGAAAAAUGUUUACGAUAACAUAUUGAGUACUCUAUUAUGUCGAGAUGGAAAAACAAAAGACAAUCUUAAUGCUAAAGCUGCAUCUCCUCAGCAACGUGAUCAGAUUAACUUUGAGAGGAUCACUCAUAAUGAGUGGGAAGACUUUGUGAACUAUAUAGACAAUCCCAACAAAGAGGAUGAAGCUGUUAGAAAUUUACAAAAUGUUUCAAAAAAGAAACUUCGGCAUUGUUUGGGACAAAAGUCUAUGGCUCGAACUAAGCAUAAAUUGAGAGAGUUGGAUCCAGAAAAUUUUGAUGAGUUUGUUAUAUUUAUUAAGUCCCACAAAACAAAGAUGGGAGAAGGUUAUUAA